AUGAUUCUUGCCGGCCAGAAAUCCCACGUCGCAGAAGCACUGUCCGGAGAUUCUUUAAGCGUUCGCGUCUCGGAGGAUUUGAAAGUGCGCGACUCGAGCAUCGGUAGCACCGUCACUACGAGCAGCGUUGUCGGCGGUGCGGAGUUGAAGGGACAGAGCACGGAAAACGACGAAGUUCAUUCCGCAUCUUCCGCCGCAGCAGUCGACGAUGCACUCGAACGACAAGCAUCGGAUGAAAGCGCGGCGUAUUCCACGCCGCAAAUCCAGGCGGAGGCCGCGGGAAUCGAGGAGCCUCAGCAAGCGGGUCUAGCCGCGGCGCAGCAGCAGGCGGAGGCGGAAAAGCAACGGUACUACAUGGUCGUUGGCGGGAACAACACGUGUAUCGAGGAGGACGAGUGGAAAUGGAGCUUCCUGUGCGCCGCGGCGGAGGCGAAGGCGUUAAACCGCGUGCUGGUCACCCAGCUCAUGUACUGCUUCCCCGGAAGAGACGGCAACCUCGUCGAGAGGCCCAUGGCGCUUUACUACGACAUGGACAAGAUGAAAAGCAUUCAGCCGCUCAUCAGCGAUCUGGAAUUCGACCUGCGAUUGGGCGACUGGCGCUCCGCCGCGUUCCGCAAGCGGUACACGGUGCGCGAGUUCGGACCGCACGAGCCCACCAGCGACGUGCGCGCCGAAGCGGGCGACGCGCACCUGGUCGUGCGCGUUCUGCAAGAGAGCCAGCGCGCCGCGCGGAUCUGCAAAGGCGAGGACACGUUAGUGCGCAACGAGAAGCUGGUGCAGGAGCGCAAGGAGCUCAAGGCGCUGAGCGCAGCCAUAGCGGCUUCCAUGGGCGGUGACUACGACGCGGUGUUUGUAAAGAGGCCCAAGAAGAAGAGCCUGUGGACGGGAUGGUCCAACGUGGACAGGCUCACACGCCCCGCCGCGCUGGUGAAGUCUCUUCCCCGCUUCAUCCCCAAGGGGCGCCACGUGUACAUAGCGUCGAACGAGCGCACGCCGGGCUUCUUCAGCCCGCUCGCCUCGCUCUACAAGAUCCACGUGCUCUCCGACUACCGCCACCUCUGGGCGCCGGGCAGUGACUGGUACAAUGACUACAGGGAUGUGCUCGCUGCGCUGAGGAUGAGAGGCGCUGACCCUCAGUUUGAUAUGCACAUGAAGAGGAUUGUGGACCGCCUUGUCAUGAGGAGUGCGUCAAUGAAGGUGGAUACUUUCAAGGACAUUAUCUGGCCUUGCCUUUCUAAGAUCGUUGCCAAUAUGCCAGCCAACGCAGCGCAAGCAGGGGGAGGCGCAGCGGGCGGGAGAGCAGGUGGGGCCGCAGGUGGGUCUGCUAGUGGGGCGACAGGAGGGGGAGCAUCUGGAGCUAGUAGCCCGGCGGCUUCACCAGGAAGCACUCAUUCGCCGAUCCGCGAUGCGGCGAGCGGGCAGAUCAAGGGCAUGGAAAGCUUUGCGGAGCGAAAGGCGAGCCGCGGGCGGUUCAUUGUAAUCUCGCUGAUCGCAGCAACGGCCGCCGCGGCGUGGAUAACUAACUACACGGCGAAUUCGCGAGGCCAGCCCGUUCCCACGGUGCCUAAAGAGAAGGAUAAGGAUCAGACGCAUCAUCCGGAGGGGCCGGUGAUUAAGAACGCGCCGAAGCACAUAGUGGCGGGUCCUGGCGUCACAGGGCAUAACGAGGCGCUGAAAGGAGCCUUUCUGAGUCGAUCGAUCUCUCCAGGGACAGGGACGGAGUAUCAGAUAAGAGGGAGGAACGGAGAGAGGAGGCGUUUGCUGGAUGGUGGCUACAAAGGAGGCUGUUACGGGGAGAGGUUAAUGGGACAGGCGGGUACGGGGGAGGUGGCUACAGGGAAAGCGGUGAUAGGAGAGGUGGUUACAGGGGAGGAAGGUACAGGGGAGGCAGUUACAGGGGAGGCGGGUACAGGGGAGGCGGGAACAGGGGAGGCGGGAACAGGGGAGGGGCGUACAGGGGAGGCGGGUACAGGGGAGGCGGGUACAGGGGAGGCGGGUACAGGGGAGGCGGGUACAGGGGAGGCGGGUACAGGGGAGGCGGGUACAGGGGAGGCGGGUACAGGGGAGGCGGGUACAGGGGAGGCGGGUACAGGGGAGGCGGGAACAGGGGAGGCGGGUACAGGGGAGGCGGGUACAGGGGAGGCGGGUACAGGGGAGGCGGGUACAGGGGAGGCGGGAACAGGGGAGGCGGGUACAGGGGAGGCGGGUACAGGGGAGGCGGGUACAGGGGAGGCGGGUACAGGGGAGGCGGGUACAGGGGAGGCGGGUACAGGGAGGCGGGUACAGGGGAGGCGUGUACAGGGGAGGCGGGUACAGGGGAGGCGGGUACAGGGGAGGCGGGUACAGGGGAGGCGGGUACCAUCCUUGGGAUCAUCUGUGAGGUCGUUGAAUGUGCGAAUGGCUUUGUGGGCCUUCUUGCCAAGCUCGUAG